AUGAAGGUCUUUUCUUUCCUCGCCACCCUCUUCGCUGCGGGCGCGGCCCUCGUGUCCGCCCAGGGGACCAUCGACGACAACUCCGAAUCCUUCCCCGAUGACCUUAACGGUUCCAACUUCACCUACCCUUGGCCCGUGAAGCUCUACAAGUUCACAUCUCAGCUCCAAGAGCUCGAGAUGGCCUUCAUGGAUGUUCCGCCCAGUUGUGAACCCAACGGCAAGACCGCUAUUCUCUUUCACGGCAAGAACUUCUGCGGCCCGACAUGGGAGGCUACCAUCCGCGUCCUGGCCCAGAAGGGGUACCGCGUCAUCGCCCCGGACCAGAUUGGCUUCUGCAAAUCCUCCAAGCCUGAGCGCUACCAAUUUUCCCUGCAGCAGUUCGCAACCAACUCACAUGGUCUUCUCGAGACUCUCGGUGUUGAGAGCGCCACUGUCAUCGGUCACUCCAUGGGCGGCAUGCUCACCACUCGCUAUGGCCUGAUGUACCCUGAAGAGGUCGAUGAGAUGGUCCUCGUCAACCCCAUCGGCCUGGAGGACUACAAGGCCCUCGGUGUACCAUACCUACCCAUCGAUGAUAACUACAAGACGGAGAGCGCCAGCUCUUAUGAGUCCAUCAAGGGUUACGAGCAAGCUACCUACUACGUGGGUGAGUGGAAGGAGGAGUACGACGUCUGGGUGAGAAUGCUCGUCAACGUCUACAAGGGAUCCGAGGCCAAGACGUACGCUCUCAACCAGGCGCAGAUCGUCGACCUCGUCCUGACCCAGCCCGUUAGCUGGGAGUUCUCUCUCGUCAAGCCGCGUACGCUGCUCAUCAUCGGCGAGAAGGACAACACUGCCAUCGGCAAGCAGUGGUCUCCUCCUGAUGUCGCCGCAAAGCUGGGCCACUUCGACGUGCUUGGCCCGGCUGUUGCUGCUCAGAUCCCCAACUCGACCUUGCACACUUUCCCUGAGCUUGGACACGCUCCUCAGAUCUCGCAUCCUGAAGAGUUUCAUGAAGUCCUGGUGGACUGGCUCUCGUCAUGA